AUGAGUAAACACGGAUUCACUGCUGUCCCACGCGACUUUAACGUCGUUCUCAAGGGCCAGAAGUAUCUCCAUGAACCAACCCCCCUCAUGGUCAGCGAUAUUCACAUUCCAGAUACACCACUCGCGAAGCGUGUUUUAGAGUAUGCAAAGGCAGAACUAAGAGAAGAGACGCUCAACCACUCAAUGCGCGUGUACUAUUACGGACGUGUCAUCCAACAACAACAGUUCCCCGAUUGGGAUCUAUCAGCAGAAACCUACUUCCUUACGUGCCUUCUACAUGAUAUCGGAACGACUGAGAAGAACAUGUCGGGAACCAAGAUGUCGUUUGAGUUUUACGGAGGCUUUUUGGCCCACGGAUUACUUGUUAAGGAUGAUGUGACCACGGCCGAGGCAGUCACAGAGGCGAUCAUUAGGCACCAGGACUUGGGAACUGUGGGGACGAUCACUACUUUGGGACUGUUGAUUCAGCUGGCGACUGUUUUUGAUAAUAUGGGUAUCAAUCCCGAGCUGGUUCACCGGGGUACUAUAGACGACGUGGUAGCGGCAUAUCCUAGGUUGAGAUGGAGCUCAUGCUUUUCGGCGACUAUUCGGGAGGAGAAUAGACAGAAACCCUGGGCUCAUACUACUGCUCUGGGUGAAGAUGACUUUCCGGAUGGCGUAUUGAAUAAUCAGUUGAUGGAAAGGUAUGAGAUUUAG